GUUGGUACGGCUGCCGUGAUCCCGGCAGGAAAGGGAUUACAAAUAAACAAGAAGUGAUUGUGUACUGUGUAGUAGCCUCACAGUUAUGGCUCUAUGCAAUCGCUGACUCCCUCACCUGCUCUACUCUCCACGAUCAGAGUCUCUCUUCUUCUUCGCCUUUCAAAGAUAACCAAAAGAGCUUCACAACACUGUUAUAUUCACAAACCCUACCUAUCCUGUUUUCAAAAUUCAACUUCGUCCAGAUCUCGACCCCCAAUUCUCUCCCCCCCACAAUCCAGAGACCACCCCCACCAAAUCCCCUCUGAGGUUUCUUUUCUGCCCCAAAUCUCAAAUGGGUCGCAAGCAAAAUGGCCCAGAAGCCACCCACUACACCUCUCUGAUCCUCUUCUUGGUGGGUCUGAUUUCCUGUGCUCUGGUCUACGCAGUCCUCUCUGUGGUGCUCAGACCCUCCCCUAUUUCAGAGAUUGAUUCCUUGGCAUCGUUUAAAGAGAGUGGUGGCGAGGUGGAGGGAGAGAAUGGAGGAUGUUGUAGGGGAAUUGAGCAUUUGGAGCUUUGGGGGAACGCUGUGAAGUGGGGCUCGGAGUUCAAAUUCAAUUCAUCUGAAGAGUGUUGCAAGGCUUGUAAGGCCAUGUGUAGUGGCAGCGAUGGACCAUGCUUAUGUGAUUCCUGGGUCUUUUGUGGGAGUCGGGAUGCUUGCGGGCCGCAAUUCGGUGAGUGCUGGUUGAAAAAACAAAAGGACAACUUGGCCCCAGCACGGCAAAAUGAGGGGCAAACAGUUAGUUGGACUUCUGGCCUCAUCUUUGGGAAAGGAGAGGGAAUCAUUGGCUUGGAAACGGAAUAUGGCACUCUUCAUAUAAAACUUUUCCCCGACUGUGCCCCUUAUUCUGUGGCUUAUAUUCUAGAAUUGCUGACAUCACGCCAUUGUGCGGGUUGCCAGUUUUAUCGAGCAGAGGGCCGGGGUCAAUCUUGGGAUUCAGAAGGAAAUCACAUAGAAAAUGCUCCUUUUGGCCCUCCAUUUGCACUGAUUCAAGGAACACUAGAACCCCAAGGAUCUACAUUUAAGAAGAUUCCAACAGAAGUUUGUCCGACCUUAAGAAGGGGUUCGGUUGCAUGGAUUGGUUCUGGCCCUGAGUUCUUCAUAAGCCUUGCAAACCACCAAGAGUGGAAAAACGCAUACACCGUGUUUGGUUCUGUUCUUCCAGAAGACAUGGAAAUGGCUGAGAAAAUUGCUCUGCUUCCCACCAGAUCGGAUGUUUGGAACAAUGUCAACGUGUCUGUCUUGGAAACACCCGUGUCUUUGCAGCUUCGAAGAAUCAAGACAAGUAACGGAGAUCUUACACGAAAGUAAAAUCAGGUUGAAGCAGGAUAUAGACGUUUGCAAAUUUGAGGUUUUUCUUUUUCUCUGCUGCUUUCUUAUAUAUAUAGGACGUACGAUUUGUUUCUGCAUCUUUUGCUGAGUAAUAAGAUAGUCUCCUGGCCUAGUGGUAUUUUCCCGCACAUCAGGGGAAGUUCUGUAUCCAAACUUUGUAACAAUAUGUACAUUUAUCUGAAGGAAUAUAAAUUGAAAGACUAUCAAAAUUUUCAUUCAA